AUGCUCGAGGAUGGUCUUCUCCACUUGAACAAGGUGGCCGAGAUUUUUAAAACAUUUCUGCAUCCAUAUUAUAGCUCCUUGCUCGAGGUCUAUGCAGAGGUCCAAGUGCUGGAUUACUUCUACAAGAUGCAAAUGGCAUUCGCGGGUGCCGAUCGUUUCAUCGCUUGUACCCGUGUGAUGGUGCAUUCUUCUCACCGCAAAAUUUGGACGAAGUGGAGUCCCCUAUGUGUGCAACAAUUUGACGACAAAAACCCUGCCGCCAGGCAACAAAAGGAUAUUCUGAACAAGAUGACGCAAGACCUUCGCGAACAAGUGACUACCCAUGUUUUGCAGCGCUUACCAUCAAACCGCUGGCAUCCAGAUUCAAACACAAACAUUACGGAUAUCCGGGAAUUUGGCAUCAACUCUGAAUCGCUCGAGGUAUCCGGUGCAGAAACUCCCGAGACUCUCUCAAACGCAGGAACGGAUCUUGGUGAAGACUCUGGCUCGGAAAAUGGGGGAGUUCCUCUUUUUAACAGCACUUGA